AUGCGCCCAGACGUCAGUCUUCAUACAUACCAUUCCUCUAUUACAGAGCCAAAUGCAGGCAACGCGACUGUCUCUCAGAACGUCCCGACGGCGGUAAACCACGACGAUCAUCCAGAACUUGCUGAAAGUGGCGGAACUGACAAAAAUCAACCGAAACGCAUCCGCCGACAAGAAUGGGACAAGCACCGAAAGACCAUACAUGAACGCUACCCCCUGAUGACAUUGCCAGAACUGAAAGACUUCAUGGAGCAUGAGCACAAUUUCAGCGCAAGUACACAGCAGUGGAAAAAGAAGUUGGCCGAAUGGAGACUCUCAAAGAAUCUGACGAAGCGGAUGACACAAUUCAUCAGGAAAAAAGGCCGCGAAAGAUUACUUGCGAACAAGAAGACGGCCUUCCGUCUCGGUGGGCAGGAAGUACCAAUUGACAAAAUCAAACGUCACAUUCAAACCGAGCGCGCUCACAAUGGGACCCUGGUUCCUGACGAUGCACCUAAGUCUACCUCAACCAGCGCGCCGACCGGGCUCUCAUAUUACACGCAGCAGACCAAUCGGAGUGAGAGCGAUCCAGUUUCCAUCUCAAGAGCCGGUUCGCCAGCUGGUUUGCCAGUCGAUUCGCCAGCCGCUGAUACUCCAGGCAUCAGCGAUACCCCUCAAGGCUCCCUGAGAAUGGCCUUCUGGUCAGGGAACGGCAAAGACCUAGACGGGUUGCUGGCUGACUCGCAGCUGGCAAUUGAUCUCACUAAGAAGGGAGAUUAUAAAGCCGCCAAGCCCCUCUUCCUGGAGAGUAUUGAUGGACUCACAUUUCUGCUGUCACCCUGUCACCACGAAACUCUUAGGGUCCUCGAAGAGUUCGUGAAAGCAGCCAUGUCGAACCGCGACGAUCACUCUGCGACGGAACGAAUGCACAAAUCCUACCAGGAACACAAGCAGAAGUUUGGAAUGGAACACCCAAAGACUUGGCAAAGCCUAGCUCAUCUAGGAAAACUGUACCGUCGACAGACGCUCACCGGACAGGCGUCUCACAUGCUCUUUAACGCCAGAAAUGGUCUACUGGAGGCAACGUCUGCCAACCCAGAAUACAGCUUCAAUGCUACGCACUGGAUUUCGAGUGAACUCGUCGAAAUUGAGCUUGAAAUUGGCAACUUGGAAGGUGCCGAGGAAGAAUCAUUGCGACACAUCAGACUAGCUGAGAGUCUCGGUGCUGCCUAUGAACGUGAGGCCGCUUUGCUGAAACAUAACCUUGCGCAUCUGUACCAUAGGGCAGAUAUGAAAGAUGUCGAACAUGCGCCUCUACAUAGCCGCCGAGCAAGAAUCGAAGAUCUAUUGCUGGAUCUUAUAUCAUCGAACAAGCGAAAGGUCAUAGGUUUUGAGAAGGCGUACUUGUGCUCUUGGGAGCAACUGCGCUAUCUUUAUACAUCGACAGGCCAAAUAAGCAAACUGGAGUCUUUCCUCAUACGAAUCGAAGACUUCCUUGAGACAUUUAAUCCACGCGAUAGCGGUGUGCUGGGAAAGUGGAUGGAGCUCACCAAGGGCAUUGUCGAUUCGUACACACUGUUAGAGCAGCCGGAAAAGGCGUCUGAAUGGCUCCAACGACGGCAAGACCAUAUCGAACGAUCUGCCUUUUAUGGCGCGCAGUCUGCCGCGGCGCUGUCGAACAUGAUGCAUUUUGCAUCUGCAUAUCUCCAAAACAAGGAGCGCGACAAGGCUAUCAGCUGGCUUGAAAAGGCACAGAGCCUGGCCAAGGAUAUUCUUCAUCCGGAACAUACUUUUCAUUCUCAUGUGUCCCGAGCCAUCAGCGAUGGGGUCCUGGAUGGAUCGCUAUGUUUAAUAUGCCUGGUUAAUCCAGGCUCUGAAAGGUCAGCUAGGCGGCCGGGAGAGGCACUAGAGGACCUAUUUGAACGGUGGCUUCACGAGAGAGGCCACGCCAGGACCAUCGAUGCAGAGGCUCAGACCAGGGUCGACCGACCACGUGACUCACAGUUAGAGGUUCCGGUCUACACCAUUGACGACGAUUGA